CUUUAAAUGAUUCAGAUUGUGUUCCCUAAUGGUUUGCCGUCAUCUCCAUCUUGAAAGAACAAAAGAAAGAUAUAGUGGUGGAACCGCAACUGAAGGAAAAAGAAAUUGUUCCAAGGCGUAAAGUGCGAAAUUGGAAGGCUGUUCCUAGGCGUAGAGAACAAAAGAAACAUAUAGUGGUGGAACCGUAACUGAAGGAAAAAGAAAUUGUUCCUAGGCGUAGAGUGCGAAAUUGGAAGGCUGCUCCAGAAUCUAAUGUGGCCCCUUUGGCGGUUUGUUUAACCAUUUGUCUCUCAUGUAUUGAGAAUUGCGACUAAGGGAGCCAUUUUUGUCAUCGUGAUGAAUUUGGUUGAAGCAGUCAGAAAAAUACUUGGUCAAUAUUCAAAUAAAAAAGAAGAAAGAAGACAGAGGGAAGAAGCCCCAAGAAGAAUGACAGAUUGUGGAGGUGACAUACAGAGAGCACGCUCCUGACUUUUUAAUCUAUCUGAUGUUUUGAGCAACACACAUUAGCGAGCAGAGGUGAUGACGAAGGAGGAACAUAUAUGGCCUCCUGCAACACACAUAUUAUUGAGCAAUGAUUAAAUUGAAGAAAGGGCAGAUUGAGAAACAUCCCAAUGGUCUUCUAAAAAAAGUUUGGAGAUUUGCACGGGCCAAGAGUAGUCGCCACCUAUUCGGUGAAAUGUCUCAGAGUAUGUGAACAGAAGUUUAAUUUAUGAUGCUACCAUGGCACUCUAGAGGGUUUCUAAUACACACUAAGUGACCCUGCCAAUCAAGCUAAUUCAGAUUGGGUUCCCUAAUGGUGUGCCGUCAUCUCCAUCUUGAAAAUAAAAGAAACAUAUAGUGGUGGAACCGCAACGGAAGGAAAAAGAAAUUGUUCCUAGGCGUAGAGUGCGAAAUUGGAAGGCUGUUCCUAGGCGUAGAGAAUAAAAGAAACAUAUAGUGGUGGAACCGCAACGGAAGGAAAAAGAAUAUUUUCCUAGGCGUAGAGUGCGAAAUUGGAAGGCUGUUCCUAGGCGUAGAGAACAAAAGAAACAUAUAGUGGUGGAACCGCAACUGAAGGAAAAAGAAAUUGUUCCUAGGCGUAGAGUGCGAAAUUGGAAGGCUGCUCCAGAAUCUGAUGUGGCCCCUUUGGCGGUUUGUUUAACCAUUUGUCUCUCAUGUAUUGAGAAUUGAGACUAAGUGACCCAUUUUUGUCAUCGUGAUGAAUUUGGUUGAGGCAGUCAGAAAAAUACUUGGUCAAUAUUCAAAUAAAAAAGAAGAAAGAAGACAGAGGGAAGAAGCGCCAAGAAGAAUGACAGAUUGUGGAGGUGACAUACAGAGAGCACGCUCAUGACUUUUUAAUCUAUCUGAUGUUUUGAGCAACACACAUUAGCGAGCAGAGGUGAUGACGAAGGAGGAACAUCUAUGGCCUCCUGCAACACGCAUAUUAUGGAGCAAUGAUUAAAUUGAAGAAAGGGCAGAUUGAGAAACAUCCCAAUGGUCUUCUAAAAAGAGAUUGGGUUCCCUAAUGGUGUGCCGUCAUCUCCAUCUUGAAAAUAAAAGAAACAUAUAGUGGUGGAACCGCAACGGAAGGAAAAAGAAUAUUUUCCUAGGCGUAGAGUGCGAAAUUGGAAGGCUGUUCCUAGGCGUAGAGAACAAAAGAAACAUAUAGUGGUGGAACCGCAACUGAAGGAAAAAGAAAUUGUUCCUAGGCGUAGAGUGCGAAAUUGGAAGGCUGCUCCAGAAUCUGAUGUGGCCCCUUUGGCGGUUUGUUUAACCAUUUGUCUCUCAUGUAUUGGGAAUUGAGACUAAGUGACCCAUUUUUGUCAUCGUGAUGAAUUUGGUUGAGCAGUCAGAAAAAUACUUGGUCAAUAUUCAAAUAAAAAAGAAGAAAGAAGACAGAGGGAAGAAGCGCCAAGAAGAAUGACAGAUUGUGUUCCCUAAUGGUUUGCCGUCAUCUCCAUCUUGAAAUGUACUUGCAGAUACAGAAAUGUCUGAAUUCAGAAAAUAUCCGUCUGGUUUGGAUUCUGAUAUGAUCAUGCCAUUAUCCCUCGGAUACGGAUGCGGAUUCGGUUGUGGGUUUUCUUAAACAGAUUUGAAUAUGGAUGUGGCACAUCCAUUUUGGAAUUUUUCCGUUUCCAGGCCUACUGCCAACAUCCUCAACACAUAUAUGAUCUGGCUCUUUCUGUCCAUGCCUUGUUUACCAUCAAGUUUCAACACCCUAUCAUUAAUUUUGCACCCCCUAUCAUUCCAUCCAAUUUAAACAUUUCGAGCAAGCUUGACAACUAAAGGCCGGAUUCAACUAAAACAAACAAAAACUUCAGAUAACCAUUCCAACUACCCAACUAACUAACAAACACUGCAUUCAUGAGGCUGAGAUCUCUGAUCAAGCAAUGCAUACAAACAUUGUGAACAUUCUAUAUUGUGCAAAACUAUAGAAAAUAUUUGCCUAUCACAUUAUAGCCUCACGGCUCACGCCCUCACCAAAUGAAAAACCACAAUAACAUUGGGGAAUACCUCUCACGAUGGAGGAAAUGGCGAUGAAAAUAGAUGUAAGGACAGGAUAUCAGUUUAAUGGAGAAGAAUGUUGAAGACGGGGUCUCUGCUCUGUGGGGGGAGCACGAGUGUUGUGGUGGUGGUUCUUCGUUAAUGGUGUGUACUUGUGUGGAAAGAGGGAAAAGAAGGGAUUUUUUUUUAAGGAAAGAGGGGAGAGGAUUUUGUGGAGAAGAAGGGAGAGUGUGUAGUCAGGUUUUGUUUUUUAGAUAAAUUCAAAUGGAGCCGUGUGGUCGCCCUGGAUUGAAUUUUUUAAAAUAUCACUCGACGACUCUCAGAACAGUGGGCUUCACUGAGACUUGUAAAGAUACUUACCUCUACAACUAUAUGGUUUUUAAAUAUUCUUUUUAAAAGCCCAACUCUUUAUGUAGUUCUCCAGUCACUAAAUCAGUUUGUGCAACAUGUUUUGAAUUAAUUAACAAUUCCUUUAUUAUGAUAUUCACUUGCACGGAGUUACGGCCCCCGCCUCAUAUCUUUCUUCCACAUUUUCUUUUUGGGUCGUCUUGUAUCUUUCUUCCUCUUUCCUCUGGCAAACAAAUAACACCCAAUUGACAUUUUCAUCUUAUCCCACUAUCUACUUUAUCUCUCUUACCCAUUAGAUCAUUGACAAAGGUGCAAAGUGAACUGCUUUUACAUUUUACGUUAAAAACUUAAAACCUGUCUUGAGUCAAACGUGAGAGAAAGAUAUGGGCCACACAUGAAAUGUUUAUGCCAAAGGGUUGAUUGGUUGGAGUUAUUAGCAUUUGUUGUGUGGAUUAUCAUAAGGAAAUGGCUUAUGCUGCUUUGGUUUCUCUUCAUCAUACUAUUCAGCGCCUGCUGUAUUCUUCGAGCAUUUCAAUUGCCUCCCCUGGUCUAGACCUAGUUAAAUUGCGUGAAUUGGAUUUCUUGGAAAAGGUUGUGGAAAGACUAGAUAGCAGAAGCUGCAUGGCGAGAGAGAAUGAUAGAGAGAGCGUGGAUGAUGAUGUGGAAGGAAAGAUCAGAGAGGCAGAGUUUAAACUAAAAGAUGUAUUGGAAUCCCAUGUAUCAUAUCAGUUUCUUUCACAAUUCGGAAGCUGGAGGGAUAAAGGUCGCGGUUUGGUUCUAUCUCUAGACUCGGAGGAGAUGCAUCAGGAGAUGAAAUCCUUUACUGAAAUGGUCAACUUUGUGAAGAAUUAUAGCUCAGAAAUUGCGGUCCAUGAAGAAGAAGAAGAAGAAGAAGAAGAAGAAGAAAAUGACUAUUCUGCUUCAGGGGUAGUUGAUUCUGGUGCAAAGAAGUCAUCAGAGAUAGUUGGAUUAUCUGAAGAACGCAGGAGAAUCAAGAGCUCACUUACAAGUUGGAUGACGGAACAGCUUUGUGUUGCCUCACUUGAAGGAAUGGCGGGCAUUGGUAAGACGACACUCGCUAAAGAAGUUUAUGAAGAUCCAUUUGUUUGCAAAUAUUUUGAUGCACGUGUGUGGAUCAGCAUAGGCCAAAAAUAUCAGUUAAAAAGAGUCCUACUGAGUAUCCUAUUUCAAAUGAAUCCUUCCUUUGAUAGAAACCUUAGGGAAGGAGAUGAUGAGUUGAUUGGGUACUUGAAUGAGAGUUUGAAGGGUAAGAGGUAUCUCAUUGUUUUGGAUGAUGUAUGGAGCUUGGACAUCCGUGAUCUUGUGAAUAAGGUUCUUCCAGAGGAGAAUAAUGGAAGUCGGGUCUUGCUAACUACUCGGCUACAUAAUGUAUCUACAUUUUCCUACGCGACUUCAAUUCAUCGAGUACGUUUCAUGAACAAAGAAGAAAGUUGGUCUCUUCUUCGUCAUAACAUUUUUGGUGAUGAGUGGUGUCCUCCUCUACUUGAGAAUGUUGGGAAGAAGAUUGCAGCCAUUUGUGAUGGUCUUCCCCUUGUAGUUGUCAUCGUUGCCGACACCUUAUCCAAAGCAGCAGAGAAGAGUCUCGAGUAUUGGAAAGAAGUGGCGGAGAAAAAGAAUUCAAUUUUCAAAGAUGCAUAUGAUAAAAUGUCUGAGGUACUAUAUCCUAGCUAUAAGCAGUUGCCUCAACAUUUGAAAGUGCACUUCCUUUAUAUGGGAAUUUUCCCUGAAAAUUACCAGAUUUCAACAUCUAAGCUUUUCCAAUUGUGGCUUGCUGAGGGAUUUCUCAAAAUAUCUCAAGCAAAAAUAAACAAAAUUCAAACUGUGGAAUGGUUGGAAGAACUUGUUUCCAGAAAUAUUAUCAUAAUCCCCGAGAGGGACUCUAAUAACCACAGUUUUAAAACCUGUAAGCUCCAAUCUGCCUUUUGGCAUCUGUGUAGCAGAGAAUCUGGGAAGAACAAGUUUUUCCAUAUCAUAAACAGUUAUUCUGAUGGCUUUGCAGAAGGUAUAAAAGAUCAGCAUCGACUGUGCAUCCAAAAUGGCAUCUUGUUUGGAAUCAAAGACGUGCAUGACUCUAUGGCUUCCAUCUCAGCUCUGCGCUCUCUCCUAUGUACUGGUCCAUCUCAUCCAUAUCCCGUCCCUCUAUGUUUUGAUUUGAAGUUGCUGAGGGUGCUCGAUGCCAUUGCAAUCCGUAUCUAUGAGUUCCCAGUUGAAGUACUGAAAUUGGUUCAUCUAAGAUACCUUGCUCUCACUUGUAAUGCUGACCUUCCUCCAUCAAUAUCCCGGCUUGGGAACCUCUGUUUCCUUAUAGUACGCCGUGAUUUGAGGUUGAAAUCACCCGGAGAUUGGCCUUAUCUGCCAAAGGAGAUAUGGGACAUGCAAGAAUUGGUGCAUCUUCAAAUCACAGGAGGCAACCUACCUAAUCCCGAUGGUGGGGCUGUCUUAGAAAACCUCCUAACACUCACUGAUGUGAGCGCUCAAAGUUGUUCCAAGGAGGUUCUUCAAGGAGUCCCUAAUCUAAAGAAGUUAGGGAUUGAAAUUGAAUUGGAACCUGAUGCUGAUGCUGAAUAUGACCCAUUUUCCUUCUUUGAUCACAUCUCCCAUCUCUAUUCUCUAACAUCCCUGAAAUGUGUCGUCGGGAAUCCUGAGCUCACUCGUGGAAUUCCCACCCCAUCCGCUCUUCCCAAUUUCCCCAAACGUCUCAACAAGUUGAGUUUGAGUGGCUUUGGAUAUCCAUGGGAAUGCUUGAGAAAAAUUGCUGUAGGGAUGCAUAAUCUUGAAGUGCUUAAACUGCGAUGCUAUGCCUUUCAAGGGCUAGAGUGGGGAGUGCGUCAAGGGGAGUUCUUGAAACUCAAAUUUCUGCUACUUGAAGAUAGUGAUCUGGUGCGAUGGGAAGCCGAUGAUACUUCUUGCUUCCCUUUUCUUGAUCGCGUAAUCCUUCGCCACUGCUACGGGCUAGAGGAGAUACCCUGGAAACGUCUCACUUCGGUUCGAGAGGUUGAGCCUGCUACCCCUCAGCACUAAGGCAAAUGCCUGAUUAUCAAAUGCAGCUAGGAAAUGUUGCUGUUCAGUCCUCGUGGGAAGAUUCCAGAUUAUGAAAUAUCAUGGUUGAUAGAGAGUGAUAGUGAAAGAGCUGGCUCCGUGCAUAUCAACUACUCCCUCCGUCCAUGUAUGAUCUUCCCAUUACGCGUUACGAGGUUUGACCGACUUUAUUUUCAAUUCAAUUUAAUUGAUUAUAUGAGUAAAAUUUUAAAAUAAAAUUUAUAUAGUAAUAAUCUACAUGAAAAGUUCUACAAAACUAGAGGUGACAAGACUAUUAUUUUAUGAAAUGACUAGUAAAAUUGAGAAUGGUGGACAGAGGGAGUAUUUCAAGAGCGUGAAUCCGAGAAUUCGGAUCCUCGAUUUCAGAUCUUGUUUUGACCUUGUAAGUUUUGUUUCACUAAUAUCAUGUAUAUGUAUCUUAGUUAUUUAUGUCUCACGUAUGAUGCGGAAUACGUUCAUGUAUAAUACAUUAUGAUAUUAUAAACUACAGCUUACUCGAUAGUGUAUCUAUAUUAAAUGUUUGACAUAUGG